GAUUAGAAAGAAAGAGAGAGAAAAUAACAGUAACUUACUUUUAAACAACUGUGCAGCCUGCUAAAAACCAAUGAGACUCAGCAGUCAUCACAGUAACUUACAGAAGAAGUAAUUAAGUUGUCAUUAUAAAUACAAAAAACGCAUUCAGAUUCAUGCACCAAAUUCAUCUUAUCAUAUCAUCUUCUUCAUUGAAGAGAGAAAAAAACAUGGGUGAGAGAAACAGUGGAAGCAAAAGCAGCAGGUGGUCUUUGCAGGGAAUGACAGCACUGGUCACAGGUGGAUCCAAAGGAAUCGGAUAUUCUAUAGUGGAGGAGUUGGCACAACUUGGGGCCACUGUACACACUUGCUCUCGGAAAGAAGCUGAACUCAAUGAAUCCUUGAACGAAUGGACCACAAAAGGAUACAGAGUAACCGGAUCAGUCUGUGACGUGACGUCUGAUGCAGACAGAAAAGAGCUCAUAACCAGAAUCUCUGCUGAGUUUAAUGGCAAACUCAACAUCCUUGUAAACAAUGUGGGAGCAAACGUAUGGAAAGAGCUACUGGAUUACACAGAGGAAGAUUUCUCAUUUGUGGUGAAUACGAAUUUGCAAUCUGCUUUCCACCUAAGCCAGCUUGCACAUCCUUUCUUAAAAGCUUCAGAAGCUGGAAGCAUAGUUUUUAUAUCCUCCAUUGGUGGUGUGGUAUCAAUAAAUAUAGGAUCCGUUGUGUACAGUGCAGCAAAAGGAGCAAUGAACCAAAUGACUAAAAAUUUGGCGUGUGAAUGGGCCAAAGACAACAUAAGGAGUAAUUGUGUUGCACCUGGCGUAAUCAGAACCCCUGCAGCUGAAGAGUUCUUAAAAGAAGGAAACAUUGUAAAUGCUUACAUUCCUCGAACCCCUCUUGGACGAUUUGGAGAAGGAGAGGAAGUGUCUUCGUUGGUGGCAUUCCUGUGUUUACCGGCAGCCUCGUACAUUACAGGACAGACCAUUUGUGUUGAUGGCGGCUUCACCGUCAAUGGUUUUUCGUGGGACUUGAAAGAGGAAACAAUUAUGAAUGCUUUAAUAUCUCAAACCCCUCUGGUACGGAUUGGAGAGGCAGAGGAGGUGUCUUCGUUGGUGGCAUUUCUGAGCUCGCCUGCAGCCUCUUACAUCACAGGACAACCAUUUGUGUUGAUGGCGGCUUCACUGUGAACGGCCUCCAUAUAUUCUAGCCUUAGUUUUCACUUUUUCAGUGUUACGUCAGUUACACUCUCAUUGCAUUGCUUUCUGUGUCAUUAAGAAUAAAUUAUGAGAUUGUACUUUCCGAAGUUCAGUUUAUGGGUGUGUUUGAGUUAACAAUUAGUUAUUAAUCUCGUAGUGAGAGUGUGGUAUGUUAAAUGUAAACAAACUCUUUAGAUUCUUAGAACGGAUGAAAUUUGCUGUUAAAAACCUAGUGUGUAUUGAAGUAAAGAUCAGCAAGAAUUUUAAGUAUUU